AUGAAUAGCAAACUGAGAAAUGAGCCUACCCCAGCGAUCCAAUAUGCCUCGGGAACGCCUUCAGGGUGCAAACUACUAACAUCCUUUGACGACACCGGGAUGGAACUAGAUGCAUUACUCUGUGGCAGCAUCUUCAGGAAAGGAGGGAAUCUCAGAAUUUGUGUCCAGGUGGUCUACCAGUCUCUCAGACAGUGGCCAGGUAAGGCCUCUCAGGCUGAUCCAUGCCUAGCUUAA